UGUCGUUCAGAGCACAAUGAGCGAUCCGGAGAUUAUUCCGCUCGGAGAGAGAGACUCUACGGUCCGCGGACAGAGAGCCGAACAGAGCCAGCGGCAGCGGGACGGUGUAGAGGAGCAGGCCGAUCUGAACAAGCUCCAGAGCCGCGAACGCAAGCCGCUGAUGCGCGAGAUUUCAGCGGCGCUUCUGCUGCUCGGCUUCGGGUUUCUGCUCUGGAUCCUGGUCCUGAUCUCAAACCAGCAGCUCAUGAUCAGCAGCAGCCCGAAACACUUCAGCUCCGUCCGCGCCAGGAAGCAUCUGGAACAGAUCACCAGCAUUGGGCCGAGGACGGUCGGGAGCCCCGAGAACGAGAUCAGCACAGUCAAAUACCUGCAGGAUCAGAUCGAGCAGAUCCGCUCCGAGACUGACAGAGGACCUCACUCCAUCCUCGUGGACAUCCAGCGGCCCAGGGGCUGCUUCUACAUCAGCUGCUACGACCGUGUGACCAACAUCGCCGUCAAACUCCAGCCGAAGACCGGCGCUCAGCACUUCAUGCUGGCUAACUGCCACUUUGACUCGGUGCCCGACAGCCCCGGAGCCAGUGAUGAUGCCAUCGGCUGUUCAGUGAUGCUGGAGGUUUUACAUUCUCUAGCGAAUCUCUCCUCUCCUCUCAAACACGGCGUCAUCUUCCUGUUCAACGGAGCCGAGGAGAACGGCCUGCAGGGCAGUCACGGCUUCAUUACCCAGCAUCCCUGGGCUCAGCAGGUGCGAGCGUUUGUGAACCUGGAGGCGGCAGGAGUCGGAGGGAAGGAGCUGGUGUUUCAGACAGGUGUGUAUCUGAGCUCAACACCUGCAAUCUCUUACCGGUAUGUGUGUGUGUGUGUGUGUGUGAAUGGUCGAGAACCGUGGCUGAUCCAGGCUUACGCCCGAGCCGCCGUACACCCAUUCGCUACAGUGAUUGGUCAGGAGAUUUUCCAGAGCGGACUCAUUCCUUCAGACACAGACUUCAGCAUCUAGCCACUUGGGAAUAUUCCUGGAAUUGAUCUUGCGUUCAUAAAGAACGGUUUCCUCUAUCACACUAAAUAUGACACUCCGGGGAGAAUCCACAACGACUCCAUCCAGAGAGCAGGCGACAACAUCCUGUCUGUGCUCAAGCACCUGGUGAUGUCAGACGAGCUGGCGGAUCCCUCUGAGUAUCGUCAUGGUAACAUGGUGUUCUUUGACCUGCUGGGAUUGAUGAUGGUGGUGUAUCCCGCUCACAUCGGCACCAUCAUCAACUACGUAGUGGCCGUCGCCACGGUGAUCUACCUGGGCGGGAAAUGCUUGUUAACUAGAAGUGCUGCUGUAAGAAGGUCUCUCUCUGUGUCAGGGUGUAUUGGGGGGCGUCACAUGAUCUGCGCAGUGGGCCGGUUCAUGCGUGAUCUGGUGUGUGGGGUGUUUGUGUUGGUCUUCAGCUGGUUCAUCUCUCUGCUGGUGGCUCUGCUGGUGGCUUGGCUCAUCACGCUGAUGGGCCGCUCCAUGUUCUGGUACAGUCACUCGUACGCCGCGGUCUUCCUGUACGGACCCGUCACCGUCAUCGUUCUCCUGCUGGUCCACGCCCUGCUGAAGAGCCGCUGCUGCAGGUGUGUGGAUCUGGCCGAGCUCUUCUUUGACAGCAGUCUGCUCGUGUGGGGUUUUGUGCUGCUCUUCUUCACUCACCGCGGCUGGUGUUCGGCGUAUGUGCCCAUGAUGAUGGUGCUGUUCCCGCUCAUCACCAAACUGCUGCUCGCUAAGCUCUUCAGAGCCAGAGGAGCGUCUCUGCAGUACUCUGUUCUGUACCUGGUGGGUCUUUUUUUGCCGUAUAUCUACAUCUUUUCCCUCAUUUGGGUGAUUUUUGACGUCUUUACACCCAUCCUGGGCCGCAGCAAAGACGUAAUCCCACCAGACUUCAUCAUGGCCUCACUUGUUACCGUGGCGACUGUAAUAAUGUCUUCCUAUUUUAUUCAUUUCAUCUAUCUGUCUCACAGCACGAAGCGGGUCUUGGCUGUUCUGGGGUCAGAGUUCACGCUGAUGUUUGUUCUGGUCGGCUGUGGUCUGUUCUUCCCGUAUUCUGGCGACCCGUCCGGUCCACGACCCAAACGAGUCUUCAUCCAGCACGUCACCGUGUGUCAGCACACACUGAACGGAUCUCUGCAGAGCUCUGACUCGGGGUUCUGUAUCAGUGAUCUGGAUUACACCGGCAUGCAGCACAUCUCUCCACACAUCCCUCAGAUCAACGACAGCCUCUACACACGCUGUCUGGACCUGCUGCCCUACUACGGCUUCCCAAGGAAGAGCUGGUAUCUUCCGGCUCCUGAAGUCUCUCCGAAAGCUCCGCUGGAGAUCCAGCUCUUAUCCAGGCAGCAGACUGAAAGAGGAACCGUUAACAUGACCUUUGAGGUCAAAGGUCCGAGUCACAUGACUCUGCAUCUGAAUCCUCACGCCGGAGUGUCUUUCAGGAGCUGGUCGCUCGACUAUUAUAUGUUCAAUUACAUCUUUUACUCUCACGGUCUCGACGCUCCGGUCUUGAGCUUCUGGAUUGAGGUCAAGCCUCUCGAGUCCUCGGACGUGUCUCCUGAAGAGGGCUUGAUCUCUCUGACCAUCUCCGCUCAUUAUAUCUCUGGUUCAGACGGACGCCGGGCGCUCGAGUCCUUCCUGAAGAGAUUCCCAGACUGGGUCUUCUCGUCCUCAUGGAUCAGCACUAAACACAAAUACAGAUACUGAGGGACGGACACACCGAUUUCCUUUUUUAUUGGGACAUUUCAUCUUUAUUCUGUUGUAAAAAGUGUAUUUUCUAUCCCCUUAUAACCCUAAAAUGACCCCUUAUGGGCCGCUUUCAUGUCAUUCUAUGACAUUCUAGUAUUUAUUACAUUUUUUGCUUAUCUUUAACUUGUUUUUGUAUUAUCCUUACUUUUACCAGGAAUAAUCACACUGAGAUAUAAAUGUGUCACGGCCUGGUGAGGUUUCAAUGAGCAAAGGCACAAGG